AUGGCAGACUCAGGGUCAGAAGUUCACAUUGACGAAGACAUUGGCAAGGAUGACCCUUCCGCAAAUGGGUCUCAGUCUUCGCCCUACAAGUCACUACUUUACGCAUACAUUCAACAUCCACCUUCUUCGAGCUCUUCGUAUCUUACACGAAAGUCUGAGACAGGACCUGUCAGUGAGCAUGGUGAUCCAGAAGUUCGAAAAGAAUGGAAACCCGCCUCAGCAUCAGCACAGAAGAAGGCGUCGAAGGCCUACGAUCAGUACAAGAAGAAGCUUGCAAGACAAGACGAAUUUGCGAUAAGGAAAAAACAGGAGCAAGUGAAGAGACAGCAGGCGCUGCAGGAAGCAAUGAAGGUGAGAAUCACUGAAGAUGCUUCACUGCCUCGAGCCUUCAAAAUCCGGCUGGAUGAGCAGGAUCCUCAGUUGGUUAAACUGAGGAGAGGUGACAGCACAAAGGAUGUGGACUAUGGAAACGGUAGCGGCUCAAGGGUGCGAGUCACCGGAAGAGUACAUCGGUUGCGCGACCAGAAAGAUGUCAUUUUCGUGACGCUACGAGAUGGCUACGGCACAAUGCAAUGCGUCUUGACGGGCGAUUUGACUAGAACAUACGAUGCCAGAACCCUUACGCUCGAGACCUCAAUGGAGAUCUGGGGUGAGAUGUGGGAGGUUCCACACGGACAACAUGCCCCCGACAAUCGUGAAAUGCACGCUGACUAUUACGAAAUCAUUGGUAAGGCCGCUGGAGACAAGGAAGCUAUCACCACCCGCGUAGCCAAAGACGCAGAUCCGCAAACCCUUCUAGACAACCGACACCUUGUGUUACGAGGAGAGAAUUCUUCAGCCGUGAUGAAGGUCCGAGCUGCACUGCUCCGCGCAUUUAGAAGAGUGUACGAGAGCGAGAUUACGCCAUCUUGCCUCGAAGUCACUCCACCUUGUAUGGUCCAGACGCAGGUUGAAGGUGGAGCGACUCUCUUCGACUUCAACUACUACGGCGAGAAGGCCUAUCUAACACAAUCAUCUCAGCUCUAUCUAGAGACAUGCAUAGCUUCCUUGGGCAACGUCUUCUGUGUGGCGCCUUCCUUUCGUGCCGAAAAGUCUUUGACCCGUCGACAUCUCUCAGAGUAUACCCACGUUGAGGCAGAGCUUGACUUUCUCUCCUUUGAUGACUUGCUUUUACAUUUGGAGAUGGUAAUGAGCAAUGUCGUUGAAAUCGUACUUUCAGAUCCGAAGAUCAAAGCUAUGGUGUACGAGCUCAACCCGAGUUUUCAAGUCCCGGAGCGACCCUUCAAACGCAUGACUUACGCCGAGGCCAUUGUUUGGCUUAGGAAGAACGAGAUUCUUAACGAGAACGGGCAGCCUCACGAAUUUGGUGACGAUAUCGCCGAGGCCGCAGAGCGAAGGAUGACAGACAUUAUCAACCGUCCAAUUUUUCUAACACACUUCCCGGUGGAGAUCAAAGCUUUCUAUAUGAAGAAAGACUCCCAGGAUUUGAGGGUUACAGAAAGCGCUGACGUCCUGAUGCCUGGCGUUGGAGAAAUUGUAGGAGGGAGCAUGAGGAUCGAUGACCACGAUGAGCUUAUGGCAGCCUUCAAGAGGGAAGGCAUUGAUCCAAAACCUUACUAUUGGUACACUGACCAGAGAAAAUAUGGGACCUCGCCUCAUGGCGGCUACGGCCUCGGCCUUGAACGGUUCUUAGCCUGGAUGUGCGGGCGAUUCACGGUCAGAGAAUCACCUGCGAACGUGUUGGAUAUUGAAGAGGCGGCUCCUCGAUCUGCUUCAGCGCUCAGCUUCAACUGUGUCGGUGUAGCAGCAUGUGAUAGUGAUUCUUCCAGUAUCGAGACCGUCGUGCCAUAUACGCGUCCAUGGGAUGGCAUUAGUGAGCGCGAAACCAGGCUUGGCUACAACCCUUCUGAAAGGAUAAAUUACUCAUUAAAACGCGCCACAACUUUUCGACUUUUCGACCUGACACCGGAAGUCCAGGACAAAAUAAUAUGGUGGUCUGUUGUCGGUAUCUGCAACAAGAAGGAGCUCAAGCCUUAUGGCUACUCCGCGAAGAUGUCUCGUAGUGGCAGACCAAUGUUCAAUGUCAUGGUCGCUUUAGCUGCGCACAACAAUCCUGAAGCUGGGAGGCUGCUCAAAGUUGCGAAGCAGUAUCUGUAUGAUAAAGACACUCCAGGCAGCGUUUGCAUCCUGUGA